AUGAAUUACGAAAAUCUAGAGAUAUCCGGACGCCAAAUCCGACUCAUCGCCAUCGACCCGUUGGAACCGUGGCAGCCUGAAUCUUCGCCCAUAAGAUGCACGAUUGAGACAGCGACACUCCCGCCGGAGCCUGAAGACUGGGAUCCGAGCCUGCUCCCGGCCAACUUUGUCAGCUUUGACGACGAGGUAACAAACGCGCCUGACGAGCCGUUCGGCGGCUCCUUCAGACAAGAUGUCGCCAACAUCGAGGCAACGGCCGAGAUAUCGAUGUCCACCACUGGCGAGGACCAAGUACCAGCGCCCGAAUACGAGAUAAUUCUCCCCAUCAACGACUUGGCCGACAUGCUAUCCUUCGAAGACCUGCAGAGUGUGGUUCAGAACUCGGAGUUGAACGACAGGGUUCGCCGGAACGUGCAUGACGAUUCAAUCAUCUUGGAGGGCAGACUCGACACCAAGCAUCUCAAUCCUUUCUUCCGUCCACCGCAGCCGGCGAACCAAAGACGACCGAUCGAUCCCCAGUCUUAUGUGGCCAUGUCGUAUUCUUGGGGCCCGGAGCAGCCCACAACCUCCAUCAUCCUGAACGGGACCGAGGUUGAUGUCCGCGUGAACCUCGAAGCAGGCCUUCGGCGUUUCCGAACAAUGGACUACUUCAAGCGAGGGGGGAAGAUUUGGAUAGAUGCGCUGUGCAUCAACCAAGACGACGACGCCGAAAAGGCAAGCCAGAUCCCUCUGAUGGGCUCGAUAUACAAGCUCGCGGCCAACGUCAUUGUGUGGCUCGGCCCCGAAACCGAUGGGAGCUCCAAAGUCAUCGACACGCUGCAGAAGCUGAGCUCCCUCUACCGCACCGAGUACGUCGAGACCUUUGACAGAAGCGACGCGUUCACGGCGACGGCCUGGAGGCAGAUGGCGCAGAUCCGCCUGCGGACCAGCUUCCACCGGCUUAAAGAUCUGUACUCCCAGCUUGACCUCAAGACGGACGAGGACGACCUGCAUUUGUACGAGUUCUUUGAUCGGCCCUACUGGCGUCGGCUCUGGAUCAUCCAGGAGCUAUGCAUGGGCCGGGCGGGGAUGCCCAUCGUCUGCGGCGCCCGCGUCACGCAGUGGCGGUACAUCCGCGACGGAGCGCUCACCUACACUGCGUUUCUGCACGUGUUGCAAGAGAAGCUGCCUCGGAUCGUGUAUCAGUCAAUACAAAAGCCGAUGGGGAACGAACUGUCCAUACUCCACGUCGCCCAGAUAGCGCAGCUGGAGAUACAUGGCCACAGGAAACGCCUCCCUCCGGUGGACACCAGCUGGCUGCCCGUCUACUCGAAUAUCGGAGAGAACGACGGCCUCCUUCACGGAUCGGCUUUCCGGAGAGCGCUGUUGCUGGCCUCACAGGCACAAUGCUACCACCUCCACGAUUCCGUCUACGGCUUGCUCAGCGUCCCCGGACUCCCAGACUUCGGGAUCACCGUGGACUAUACCAAGCACAUCACGACUGUUUUGACAGAGUUCGCGGCGGCUUGCGUCACAAAGGGAAAGACUCUCGAGUUGUUCUCGUUGGUAGACGGAUGCGGGAUGCCGGUGCGGGAUGCCCAGGGAAACCUUCUGGACCGAAGGUCCCUACCAUCCUGGGUUCCCUACCUCGCCAGAACGCCCGAACAGCGAGUCGGAACGAUCGAGGGGAACUGGCACGCAAGCGGAAACAAACAGGGGUUCCUCUUUGAUGGCUACAACGUGGAGCCGAGAAUAAGGGAAGGAAACGUUCUCGCGUGUUAUGGUUUUAUCGCCGAGGUUGUCGACGGCGUUGGCGCAAUAUCGAAACCGGACAUGGAGACGGGAAGCCGUCACCACCCAGAGUUUCAUACGGGAAUAGUGCAGCCAAGGGGUGAAUUCACAUCUGGCUCAGAGUUCGGUCCUCAAGCGGAUGAGGACGACUUUGGAGAGACGAAUUCGCCUCGGGACCGGGCGGCAAAGGCCGUGAGGGAAGGACCCCGAGUGGCUUGGGUAUUGACUUGCGGCGCCGAUGUCCAGGGAAUAAAGCAGUCUUUUGACUGCCUCUACGAGGCUUUUCCAGGUAUGGCCAUGCCAUUGAUUGCUUCCGACAACGUAGUAGGCCAAACAGCUGACAGUAUCGAAACACUCCCAGAGGACGAACCAUCGCGGCAGUCGCCCUUUUUCAGGAACUGGCACUUCAUCAACUCGAGCGCCGGCCUCUUGAUCGGAGGUCGGCCUUUGUCUUCCUACUUCAGACCCUUCAACCAAGAGAACCUGGACCACAAGAGUAACAGGGCCGCGCGCGCCGCGCGCCAAGCCAUGGAAACUCGCACGAGAAACCGACGUCUCAUCGUGACGAACUCGGGCCUUGUUGGCCUCGCCCCUAUCCUCGUCCAGCCGGGAGACGCCGUGAUGGUGUUGAUUGGGCACGGGAGACCUGUCGUCGCGAGGAGACUCAAGGACGAGUCCGGGGGCGACACGCCGUUGUGGCGCUUGAUCGGCGAGGCAUUCGUCGGCGGCAUGAUGGAAUGGGAGAUGAUGGACCGCGACAUCAUGUCGGGCCCCAAGAGGAUCAAGCAGAUCAACUUUGUUUGA